AUGGAAAUGAAGGGAGAAUGCAACUGCGGCGCAGUCACGGCGAUAUUUCGAUUCCCUGACGGCCAACAGUUGAGUUCCAUUCUUUGUCACUGCAUUAACUGCAAGAAAUCGAGUGGUUCUAUUGGAUCAAACUUCAUGAUCGUACCAAGAGAGGCGUUAUCGGUGGAAGGACAACUCACUACGUAUUUGGAUAAUAGCUUCGUGCGCACCGCCAUCUUUUCGAUCCCUAUCCCGCCUAUGGCCCACACCUAUUUGGAGGAAGCACCAAGUUGGAUGCCUCGUGUGGAAGGAACGGCGCUUUACAAGAGAGGGUUUGGAGGAAAUCAAGUGUGA